AUGUCUGAUGUUCCCCAAGCUGGCACAAAGGAAUGGGUACUGGAGCCAGAGACAGAAUAUCGCUUUGAGCUGGAUCCGGGAACUUCCCUCGCGAUUAAGCUCUUACGUGGAAAUGCCGAGAUAUUUGGUGCAGAACUUGCAGAGGGAAAGACCUAUCUCUUUGGCUUCGAAUGUAAGGCCGCCGUUUUCACCUGGCAAGGUUGUACAAUUAAGAUGAGACAACCUUCCACGGAAUAUGUAUCAGAGGAAACCCCAAUGGGCGCAUAUGCAAAUCUCCACAUGGCUUUCGAACAAAUGCGUGUUCGUGCUCUGAGUGCGUUGCACGGAUCUCCGGUGCCUGAUGCUGAUUAUGGUGCGAGCGCCGAACCACCGCGAGUUCUUGUCGUGGGUCCAGAAAAUUCAGGGAAGACGACAAUAUGCAAAAUCCUUACCAAUUAUGCAGUCCGUGUCGGCCAGAAUCGCUCUCCGAUACUGGUAAACGUAGAUCCAAGCGAGGGAGCUUGGAUCAUCCCUGGCACAGUCUCUGCCGCAGUGGUUACAAGCCCCAUCGCAACUUCAUCUCCAGUGAAUCCGCUAGGCUCUGCAGCUACCACUGCUCCCACUGUGCUUGCCUCAAAUGCCCUAACACCUCUAGUAUAUUGGUACGGUCAUUCCGAGAUUAAGAAGAAUCCUUUGUUGCUUGAUCGACUGAUCCGCAACUUGGGGGAGAACGUCAUGGAAAGACAUUGCAAUGACCCCGAAGAACGGACGUCGGGGUUAAUCGUUGACACCUCGUCUUCGUUUGCUUCUGGGUCUGGUUCUGCGGACAAUCGGCAAACUUUGGUAAAGGCUUGCGUCGACGCGUUUAGAAUAAACGUUAUUCUUGUCGUUGGCCAUGAAAAGCUGAACGUCGAAAUGCAAAGGUCAUACGGGAGCCGGCUUACCGUUGUUAAGAUACCGAAGUCGGGAGGGGUUGUCGAUCUCGACCCCAGCUAUCAAGAACGAGUGCACAACUAUCAGUUACACGCGUAUAUGUACGGGCAAAAGCUUGAUCCCCCUCCAGGUAUCACCUCUGCCAUCGUGGCGAGUGAAGCUGCAGCAGAUCUUGUGCUUGCUCCCUCCUCUUCAGUUGUCAAGUUUGAGGACAUCACCAUCUACCGUAUAGGAGAAGAAACCAUGGCGCCUUCUUCGGCGCUUCCUAUUGGCGCUACUCGCACGCUUUCCGAGAUGCAGCCCAUCUUGCUAGAUCCCGCCGCUGUUGGGUCAGGUCUUCUCAAUCGUGUUCUAGGAAUACUUUCCCCCUUCCACCCAGAUGAGAAUGAACGAUAUGACGAAGAAAUUCUGGAUUUGUCGGUGACGGGUUUCCUGGUUAUUACCAAUUUAGACGUCCCGAACAGGAAGAUGACAAUUCUAUCGCCUAAUCAGGGGUCGAUAAUAGGGAAGACGGUUGUCAUUGGGUCCUUUGAAUGGCGAGAGUAG